CUCGUUCAUCCACUUUCGUCGGUCCACCCAUUCCGGACAUCUUCGAGGCCAAUCUGGCGCCCACAAUAUCGUCCCCAGACUCCCAACUCUCUGGUGUCGCUUGGUGCUCUGUUUCACUUAGUCUUCCUUGACCUCCUGUCUCAUGGUCAGAAGCGUAUUCAUGCCUCGGUGAGACGAAUCCCGCCUUUCUAGCUCCGCCGCACGCUAUGGCGACGGCGAAACGGACGACUGCGACUCUGCGGAACAGCCGGCGCCGCCAAACCUUGCCCAUCCUCCCGAAUUCGCUGACGGCCGCCGGGAUCGCGAGCGCAAACUGCCGGCCUAGAGCAGACCUUGUGCGCUCGACGCAUCACCUCACCCUCUUCUACCUCGACACCAUCAACAUCACAUACAAUUCCUGUACCACCCAUCCAGCCCUGUCGUGCUGGUGCGGUACGUCUGAGCGAGCAACGCAGAAGCUCGACGCCAACAAUGUCAGCCCGCGGAAGGGGAGCGCACUCAUCCACUUGAACUUCUUCUCAGACGACCCUUGCUGGUUCGAGCUCACUUCCCGGACCAGGGACUGCGUGGGCGUUAGCGAACACUUUUUCCUGUCCCCGAAACGGCGCGCCGUAGACGACGGGGUAGCCGCGCCCAACAGCACCCUUACUCCAACCUUGACGCUGCAUCAGUUGGAAUCCUCCUCGACGGCUUCUCCUCUGACAGCUCGUUCAGCCGCCGCCGUAGAUUCUCGGGAGGCUGCGGCUGGCGGAGACAGCUUCAGCGUCGGAGCCAAAGCAGCUUUGGGCAUCGGGAUUGCGCUCAUCUGCAUUGCCAUCGGCGCCAUGGCCUCAUUCCUCUAUUUCAGGCGUCGGCGGCAUGGGCCAGAUGACGAGGUGUCUGGCUGCAUCUUCAACCAUGGCCGCCGCGGGGGAAGGAAAGGGCCAGAGAAGAAGCGGGUUGGCGCAGCCUCGGACACGUCGGGGCAGUCGGACGAGCCGCUUUGCCCAGUACAGCCCGUGUUCGACGGCUUCCCCGGGUCGAUGGGUUACGAAGACGUGCGCUCACUACACUCGACCACGCAUUCGCAUUCAUUACACUCGCACUCACCCACCGCGGUCCAGUCGCCCGCCCACUCCCACAGCGGCGCCUUCUGGACACAGGAGCGGAGCAUUGAACGAGAGGAGCUCGAAACCGCGCGGCUCAAGUCCCAACUCAACGCCACCACCCCGACGAUUGUCUCGUACGGCCCCAACCCAGCCACCCCGAUCGUCAAACCCCGCGCUCUCCCCCGCCUAGACGCCCCCUCCGUCAUCACCCCCAUAUCCCCCAACACCCUUGAACCGCUACCCGACAAUGUCCCGAUGUUCGCAGACUACACCAGCUACAACCUCACCCCCUCCUCCAACCCCGCUCCCUCCCCGCCGCGCCAGCCCGCAAUCCCCAUCGUCGUGUCCUACGGCCCCAACAAGGUCACCCCGACCCCGCUGGUCGUGUCACCCACCGUACCCCCAGACGAAUCCAUGGUCAACCGCCGUUUCCAAGAAUUACAACAACACCCACACCCACACCCACACCAACACGAGCGCCAGUUCUCCUGGGAAGCCGACUCCCCGCUCCUAGGCGUCUCCAACAUGGGGCCCCUGCCGCCCUACGCGUCGUCAGAGGACUUUGAGGCCAUGGAAAAGGGCGCGGUGCGCAAGCUCGCCGAACCGCAGGCCGAGGCCGAACUGCCGCCGACUAAGGACGGGUUCUAUCACUAUACCUCGGACGUGGUCGAGUAUGAGUUGCCGGGCGCCGCGCCACAGCGGGGGCCGCAGUUGCCUUUCAGGCCAUAUGAACAACGCGCGGCGGCCGCGGCGAAGGCGCAGGCGCAGGUGAUUUCUGGGGGGUCUGGCGGGUCGGGAUUGGGGGUUGCUGGACGUCGUGGUGGUGGUGGUGGGGGGGGGAUGCUAGUAGGGCGCGGCGGGAGGGAUAUUGAUGAGCAGAAGGUUUUGUUGGAUGAUGAGGAUAUGAAGUGGAUGAAGGCUGAGAAGGCUAGGAUUCGGGCUGCUGCUGCUGGUGCCGAGGGGGAGGCAUCGGCGGCUAAAGAGAGACGGGUCGAAGAAUAUGACCUGGGGGAGGGGUUGGCGGGUCAGGGGAGGUGACACUAGUGAUAGCAUGGGCUAAUCGGCUACGAUAGGAGGGUCAGGGGCACUUUCUAUAUGCUUUCCUAAAUAUGCAGUGGGAGAUUCAGGAUUGCAGGGGGUGGAGAACUUGGCGAACUGGCGCUUGAUCUUGGGAUAUAUUCGAGCAAGAAGUGGAGCAUUAUACCAUUGGGAAGGCGUUGGGAGUUCUGUACCUUACUCGACGCUACCCGACGGCAUUGGAUAUUGGGAGGCGAUGCGGAUGCUCAGCGGAGCACAGGGUAAAUAUAGUUAUUUGGAGACAUGGAGAGUGUCUUACUCUACAUGGUGCUCAUCAAAGAAGAUCCAUACAGGAAGAGAUUCACUCUCAACUUACGAGAGCAUAUCCCUGGACUAAGCUCAGCUAAGAUACGGCUUAUUAGGAGUAAACCCAC